AUGGAGCAAGAACAAGAGAAUUACAAAUCAAGAUUGUUUCAUUUCAAGAACAUGAGCGAACACUCAGAAUCAAGACAUGUUAAAAGCUGGAGCUCAGAUUGUACCUUGACAAUGGAUGGUUCAGACAAUCUUGAUGAAGAUGAUAAUGAUUUAAUGUUCAGUAGUCAACCUGGGAAAGCCACCGGCGUUGACCGACCGUCUUUGCCUCUAAGUGGCGGGAUAACGCCUAACCGCAACGACAAGCUUGUCGUUCCGAGGAUGGCUUCACCGGAAUCCAUGGAGGCACAAUUACUAGCUGCAAUGGAACAAAUGAAGGAGAAAUUUUCUAAAUUGCUUCUUGGAGAAGAUAUGUCUGGAGGAGGAAAAGGUGUUUCAUCGGCUUUGGCUUUAUCGAACGCCAUUACCAAUCUCGCAGCGUCUGCGUUUGGAGAACAACGGCGUUUAGAGCCAAUGGCGGCGGAUAGAAAAAUGCGAUGGAGAAGAGAAAUCGGAUGGCUUAUCUCUGUGGCUGAUCAUAUAGUUGAAUUCGCUCCAACGCAACAAACAAACAAAGAUGGUUCUUCAAUGGAAGUCAUGACAACAAGACAAAGAACAGAUCUUCUCUAUUCUCCUGAUUCUUCAGAGUCAAGGAACGAUGAGAAAUGGUGGUUACCGGCUGUUAAAGUCCCACCUAACGGUCUCUCCGAGAUAGCGAGAAGGUUUCUACAGAGCCAAAAGGAGUGUGUGAAUCAAGUCCUUAAAGCGGCAAUGGCUAUAAACGCACAAGUUCUAUCUGAAAUGGAGAUUCCUGAAAGCUACCUUGAGUCACUUCCUAAGAAUGGGAGAGCUAGCUUGGGAGAUGUGAUAUACAGAAUGAUAACAGUAGAGAUGUUUGAUGCAGAUCAGUUUCUUAUUGAAAUGGAUUUAUCAUCUGAACACAAGAUUCUUGAUUUAAAGAACAGAAUCGAAGCAUCGAUUGUGAUAUGGAAAAGGAAAAUGGUACAAAAGGACACUAAGGCUCCUUGGGGAUCAACAGUGAGUAUUGAGAAAAGAGAACAAUUUGAAGAAAGAGCUGAAACAAUCUUGCUCCUAUUGAAACAAGGCUUUCCAGGAAUCUCUCAAUCCGCUCUCGAUAUCAGCAAGAUUCAAUUCAACCGAGAUGUAGGACUUGCUAUAUUGGAGAGUUACUCGAGAGUGCUUGAGAGCUUGGCUCACACGGUAAUGUCAAAAAUAGAAGACGUGCUCUUCGCUGAUCAGAUUACUCAAGAACCAUCAAAUGCAGCUUGUAAGAAUAGACAUCUUUUGAAAGAGACCGAGAAACCGAAAGAGGAAAGAUUCAGUUUCUCAGAGGAAAAUGCUUCAGGAACACUAUCUGAUGUUAUGCAAUGGGGUAACAAAAACAAUGAACUGAAGAAAGAAAGCUUUUAUGGAGGAGAUAGAGAGAAACCAUUGUUGUCUAAAGUCACAGGUAUUAUGACAAACAACAAGAAGAAUUCUUAUCUUGAAACUCUUGGAACAAUGAGAAGUCCAACCGCGCGAUACUCCUGA